CGCGCCUACUAGGAACCGUGUGUUGUUUUCGGAGGCAAAAUGGCGGCGGCGGUGGCCGGGGCCGCCCUGCUGGGCAAGGGGCUGGACAUCAGCCUGGCGGCUCUGCGGCAGCACGACCCCUACAUCAGCAGCAUCGUGGACGUGGCCAGCCAGGUGGCGCUCUACACCUUCGGGCACCGCGCCAACGAGUGGGAGAAGACAGACGUAGAAGGAACGCUGUUUGUUUACACAAGAUCAGCUUCUCCAAGGCAUGGCUUCACAAUUAUGAACAGGCUGAGCAUGGAAAAUCGAACAGAACCAAUUACUAAAGACCUUGAUUUCCAGCUUCAGGACCCUUUUCUACUUUACAGGAAUGCCAGAUUGUCCAUAUAUGGGAUUUGGUUUUAUGAUAAGGAAGAAUGCCAAAGAAUUGCAGAGCUCAUGAAAAACCUAACUCAGCAAGAGCAAUUCAAAGCACAGCAGGGCACGGGAACAGGAGUGUCCCCUAUGAUCACGAAUUCCACUAAUAACAAAGAAGUGGAUAUCUUACGGAUGCUUACCAAGGCCAAAGACGAAUACACCAAGUGCAAGACCUGUUCGGAGCCAAAACAAAUAACUAGUUCCUCUGCAAUCUGUAACAACCCCAACCUAAUCAAACCAAUUCCAGUGAAGCCUAGUGAAAAUCAGCAUCAACGAAUAUCUCAGCAAAGCAAGAAUGCGGAUCCUGAACCACAACACUUGUCUUUGACAGCCCUGUUUGGAAAACAAGAGAAAACAGAUGUCACAGAACCACUUAAUAAACAGCAUCAAGAGAACCUUCCUGUUAGGCAGGGUGUGGUACGUUCUCUCUCCUAUGAAGAACCUAGCAGGCAUUCUCCCUGUGCAGAGAAACAGCUUUGCCCUGCUAUUCAGAAGCUCAUGGUGCGUGGGACAGACCUUCACCCACUUGCUGAGUUUCCUGAGAACCGACUCUGUGAAAAUGGCAAUAUCCACCCUGUGGGUGAGGCUUUCACAGGACUCUUCCAGCCUGUGACUUCUCAUGGCAUUACAACAUCUCACGUAGUUCAGGAUGCUGCUGGUACUCAGAGUUUGUUACAGAAAUUACAGAGUCAGUCAGGGUUGAUGACCAAAAUGGAUCCCAGUGCAACAGGAUCUGUGAACUCAACGGCUUCUGUGUUCAGCAGGACUCCUGCUGCUGUUGGAACACCAGCAGCACAGAUGAGUAAUAUGACCCAACCACCUUUGGUAUAUUUCAAUGGUUCCCUGCCAGGUCAGACUUUAGAGUCACAGACACUUGGUAAAGAACAGUCCAAACUUCCUAGACAGCCAGUUCCUCUCUCUGGCAAUCAAACAGCCAAUUCUGGGGUGAUAUCACCUCAGGAGUUACUGAAGAAACUCCAGAUAGUGCAACAAGAACAGUUGCAUGUAUCCAGCAGACCAACCUUGGCAGCUAAGUUUCCUGUUGUUACUCAGAACACCAACACCUUGAAACCACUGGAUUCCUGGAUAGAAAAGACACCGGGUACAGAAAAGCAGAACUCUCUCUUUCAGGUAAUCUCACCUCAGCGCAUUCCUGCUACUGUGACUCCUACCUUAUUGAUGUCCCCAAUGGUGUUCACUCAGCCCACACCUGCUGCACCAAAAGCCAACGAAGGUGGGCGGUUAGCAGCAUCAAACCAAGAACCUGCUGCUAGCUCUGCUAACCUUCUCCUACCACUGCAAACCCCAGAGCCACCUGUGAUCAACAGCAGCUCAGUGACAAAGAUGCAGCUGCAGGAAACACUUCUACACUUGAUCCAGAACGACGACAACUUCUUAAACAUUAUUUAUGAAGCGUAUCUCUUCAGUGUGAGAAAGGCAGCAAUGAAGAAAUCCAUGUGAAAGAUGGUUGCUUUUUAAUUUCUGUUACUUUCUGAAUCCCAGGAAAAAGGCUUCCAAAUUUUCAAGUAAUGUCCCAUUUAAAGAAAUAAAUGGUCUUGGGCAUUUUGCAUACACACAGAUUUUGCUCCUUAGCAAGUCCAUGUUGUACUUAGAAACAAGUGGGUGGAAAUGGAUUGUGCCUUCAGGGAGGGGAGCGUCACAGUGCUGAAAACUUAACCACACAAUAUUUGUCUUAGACUGGCCCAUACUUAGAAUUGGUUUUCCUGCAUUAAGUCACCCUUCUCAGAACUCAGUUUCGUUUUUUCCUGACAGCGUGGUUAUUCGUUGGCUGGGUGCCUUUCCUCCCCUGUCACACGCGACUUCUACGAUGAACGAUGCCCGUUUCUGACCACAUGGUGGCAAUGUUGGACUUUUUUUUUUUAAGGUAAAUGAAGAUCUGGUGGAAUUUUGGAACUGAAAGUCUUAGGUAAACUGUUGUGUCACCUUACUUAGUUGUCUGCAGAGAGAUUUAGAAGAAAUGUCAUGACUAUCCCCGAAAAUUUUGUAGAGAAAUCUUUUUCUAUUUUAAUAGGAAUAUUUUUAGCUAGCCGUAGAAGUGGAACUCUGCAGCUGUUUUGAUGAAUUAGGGGGGAGGGUUUUGUUUGUGAAUGUACUUGCUAUCAGCAUAGCUUUGGGGUGGCACUGGAUUCAUGUUUCUAAUACUCCAGAUCCAAUCUGCAUUACUAUAAGCAACGUGCAGCUUUGUUAAGAGGGAGCAAAAGUUCUUUUUUUAAGUGUGGUUUUUUUUUUUCUGGAGCACGGUGGUUUCCUGGAUCCAUUUCUAAAGAAAAUAAAAUGGAUAGUCCCUA